AUGCAGAAAUACUUUGAAGAAAAACUACUCAAAGAUGACACACAAAUGCCAAUUCUGACAGAUAUCAUGGAUACGAGACUUAAUCAACAAAAAGUCCCCAUUUUCGAACCAGAUUCUCUGGCAGAUCAAUUGUCUGAUAAGCCUUGCGUAGUUAAAGGUGGAGAGCUUGCAAUUUUACUCACUGUGUGGGAUUACUGCUGCUCCUUUGACACUCAGCAGUAUGGAUUUAUUAACACCUGUUUGAAGUCAUUGGUGAUAGAGAAAUAUGGUGAAGAAACAUGGGAAUUACUAAGAAUUCAGACUGGAGUGCAGGACACUUUUAUGACUUAUGAAGUUUACAAAGAUGAAAUCACAUUGCAGCUAGUUGAAAAAGCCUGCCAGGUGUUGGGUAUUGCACCUGAAGCAGUUCUGCAGCAGUUUGGGGAGUAUUUUUUUGAGUUUUGUAAAAAGUCAGGCUAUGACCACAUGCUGAGGACACUGGGUGGUAAUCUGUAUGAAUUUAUAGCAAAUCUGGAUGCUUUACACAGUUAUCUGUCUCUCUCCUAUCAGGCAAUGAAUGCCCCAUCUUUUCGGGUGGAAAUGAAUGCUAAUGGGUCAAUGAAUCUGCAUUAUUAUUCAGACAGAAGAGGGCUUUGCCACAUUGUACCAGGCAUCAUGGGAGCAGUUGCAAAGGACUUUUUUAAAACAGAAAUUUCUAUGGAAAUUAUCAGUCAAACAAAUGAAGAGGAGAGAACAGGAAAAAAAGAACAUGUGGUUUUUCUGGUCACUCAAAAGCCAAUACGUCCACCGAAAAACUCAAGCAAACAGCAACCUCCCUCCCAUUCUAUUCCCAAUGCUGAACAACCUAUAAAGAAAGAGAAUAUUGAAAAGGCUUUUAACAAACUACGGGACAGAACAGGCCAAGUUUGCCCUGUAAAAAAAAAUCACUGGGCAACAAUAAGAGGAAUUGUGCAUCUUGGAAAAGGCAAAAUGUUAAGGGGAUUUAUACCGGUCUAUCCAAAACAACUCUGGGUUGAUGUUAAAACAUUUUGCGAUGGCCUUCCUUUUCACAUAGUAUUUGAUGAAGAGCUACGGGUAAAACAAGCUGGUGUGAGCAUUCAAAAAAUUGUUCCUGGUCUCCAGACCAUGGGAAUUCGGCUGGACCAGUACUUUAGCACAAUGCACCCAGAAGUCACCUUAACAAUUUCUAACGUGCGGAAGUUUAUUAACAGUCAGUUUGUAUUCCGCACAAAGAGGGAAAUGAUGCCAGAGUCCUGGAGAAAUCGACCAAUGCUAGAAUUAAGAGGUCAAAUGAUAUGGAUGGAGUCCUUCCAAUGCAUGUUAUACUUGUGUUCUCCACUAUUACGUAGCUUGCAUGAAUUGCAAGAAAGACAGAUGCAUAUCUCUGAUAUAGCUCCACACGAUGUCACAAGGGAUCUUAUUUUAUUAAACCAACAAAGGCUGGCUGAAAUGGAACUGUCAAAUCAGCUUGAGAGAAAAAAGGAAGAGCUACGCAUUUUAUCUAAACAUUUAGAGGAAGAAAAGAAGAAAACUGAAGCUUUACUGUAUGCCAUGCUUCCAAAACACGUGGCCAACCAGCUCAAAGAGGGCAAAAAAGUUGAAGCAGGGGAAUUCAAGGAAUGCACAAUAUUAUUUAGUGAUGUAGUGACUUUCACCAAUAUUUGUGCACAGUGUGAACCUAUCCAGAUAGUUUUUAUGUUGAAUUCAAUGUAUCUUAGGUUUGACAGACUGACAACAGUACACGAUGUAUAUAAGGUCGAGACAAUUGGAGAUGCUUACAUGGUUGUUGGAGGUGUUCCUGUUCCUGUAUCUACUCAUGCAGAACGAGUUGCAAAUUUUGCAUUAGGAAUGAUACUUAUGGCAAAAGAAGUAAAAAAUCCUAUCACUGGAAAUCCUAUUCAAAUUCGUGUGGGGCUGCACACUGGCCCAGUUUUGGCUGGAGUAGUUGGAGAGAAGAUGCCUCGAUACUGUUUAUUUGGGGAUACAGUAAAUACAGCUUCUCGGAUGGAGAGCCAUGGAGUCCCUAAUAAAAUUCACCUCAGCCCAAGUGCAUAUAGAUGCCUUAAAGAUAAAAGUUUUGAAAUAAUGGAAAGGGGGGAAAUUGAUAUCAAAGGAAAAGGCAAAAUGUGCACAUACUUCCUGUUGAGAAAUCUGUCAGCAAAAGAGAAUGAGAUUUUAGGGCUUCCAGUAAAAGACAUCGAUUCAGGACGAGAGUCUUCUCAGUCUUUACAUAAUGACUACAAUGCAAGUAGCCUUCAAAAAAGCAGCCCUGAAGCUAAACAUGAGGAUUUAAAUAUUCAGGAAUCACUUCCUUCUCUUCCAAUGCAAUAUGUUGACAACCCACUACUGGAUGACGAAGGUCAAAUUCCAGUUGUGAAAGAAUUAACAGCAUGA